CCGCGCCUGCGCAACGAUUUCGCCGAGUUUGACGGUCGGUUUGGACGUUGGAAAUAAACAGUACACAAAGGCUAGGUUUUUUUUUUUUAUGACAGCGUAAAUAAAAAGAGACCUGACCUCAACUGCUGGAGGAUUUCGGGGACCUUUGUUGGCGGGGUAGUCAUGGCGGGGGUGGGAGCGACGGGGAAAAGGACAAGGCUCCCGGGUUUAUGUUGGAAAACCUGCUACUUUCACGUCGUGUUUUGGGUCGUGUCUGUGUGUGGAGAGGAGAAGAGCUUUGUGGUGGAGACAUGGUUGAAGAACUACGGCUACUUACUCCCGCAUGACAUCCGGACAUCAGACCUGCGUUCGGAGAAAGCCAUGCAAUCAGCAGUUGCUGCUAUGCAGCGGUUCUAUGGCAUCCCGGUGACUGGAGUACUUGACCAAACAACCAUAGAGUGGAUGAAGAAACCUCGAUGUGGGGUUCCUGAUCACCCUCAACGGAGGAGAAAUAAGCGCUAUGCUCUCACUGGUCAAAAAUGGAGGGACAAAAAAAUUACAUACAGCAUACACAAUUUCACCCCUAAGGUAGGUGAGAAGGACACACAGAGGGCGAUCCGGCAAGCAUUUGAUGUGUGGCAGAUGGCAACCCCACUGACCUUUCAGGAAGUGGCCUACUCUGAGAUAAAGAAAGAGGGCAAAGAGGCCGACAUCAUGAUCUUCUUUGCCUCAGGGUUUCAUGGUGAUAGUUCUCCAUUUGAUGGAGAGGGAGGUUUUUUAGCCCAUGCCUACUUCCCUGGCCCUGGAAUUGGAGGGGACACACACUUUGACUCUGACGAGCCUUGGACGUUAGGCAAUGCUAACCAUGAUGGUAAUGACCUUUUCCUGGUGGCAGUGCAUGAGCUGGGACAUGCAUUGGGUCUGGAACAUUCCAAUGACCCGAGUGCAAUCAUGGCCCCUUUCUACCAAUACAUGGAGACACAAAACUUCAAACUGCCACUAGAUGACCUUCAAGGCAUCCAGAAAAUAUAUGGUGUCCCAACUGCAAUGUUGGAGCCAACUCGGUCUCUUCCAACCCUCCCACCACGGCGGACUUACUCUCCUUCUGAGAGGAAAAAUGACCGUCAGUCCCGUCCUCCGCGACCUCCCUCUGGUGACAGGCCCUCUCCUGGCUAUGGAAAACCCAAUAUCUGUGAUGGCAAUUUUAACACAGUGGCCUUUUUUAGGAGGGAGAUGUUUGUUUUCAAGGAUCGCUGGUUCUGGCGUUUGCGCAGUAACAAGGUUCAAGAGGGUUACCCCAUGCUGAUUGACCAGUUCUGGAAAGGUCUCCCACCCCGCAUUGAUGCUGCUUAUGAGAGAUCCGAUGGCAAAUUUGUGUUCUUUAAAGGAGACAAGUACUGGGUAUUUAAGGAAGUGACGGCAGAGCCAGGUUACCCUCACAGCCUAGUGGAGUUGGGCAAUUGUUUGCCCCGUGAGGGCAUUGACACAGCACUGCGCUGGGAGCCUGUGGGCAAAACCUACUUUUUCAAAGGUGACCAGUACUGGCGCUACAAUGAGGAAAAGCAUGCAGCUGACCCAGGCUAUCCCAAACCCAUCACCGUGUGGAAGGGCAUCCCUGAAUCACCUCAAGGAGCCUUUGUCAGCCGUGAAGGAUUUCACACUUACUUCUACAAAGGAAAGGACUACUGGAAGUUUGACAACCAGAAGCUAACAGUAGAACCUGGUUACCCAAAGUCCAUCCUUAACGACUGGAUGGGUUGCGACCAAACAGAAGUGGAGAAGAACAAGGACAGACACCUCCCCCAUGAUGAUGUCGACAUCAUGGUUGCCAUAAAUGAUGUGCCAAACACCAUAAAUGCAAUUGCUGUGGUAAUCCCAUGCAUUCUGUCUCUGUGCAUCUUGGUCCUCAUUUACACCAUCUUCCAGUUUAAGAACAAAAGUGUCCCUCAACCUGUGACCUACUACAAACAGCCAGUGCAGGAAUGGGUAUGACAGACUAGGGAACACUGCAAAGUUAAACACUAAAAAUGCUAGCGAGGGCUAACAUGACAAUGUUCAGAAGCACCUACACAACCAGUGCCUGUUUACUGCAUUGUAAUGCAAGAGGUGGGGAUUGAAACAUUGUUGACUCAAGGUCCUUCUGUCUGGAACAAAAAUCUCAAAGAUCUUUUUUUAAACAUAUGAGCCAAAAGCACAGGUUUGCUAGGCUUUAACUGAGUGGUGGAUUGCAGGUACAUGAGCUUAACCAUUGCUUUGGCCUUACACUGCUACUGUAAAACCAUUUUUCUCCAUUCUCUCACAACCUGGCACUCUGAGGACAACCACAGUGGAUUCUAACCAUCAUGUGUCCAAGGAAUGCAAGAGGAACGGAGGUCAGUUGCCAGCAAAUAUAUGUCCUAUAUAUGCGCUCAACAUGGACUUGUACAGGAAUUAUUGAAAGAAUAUGUCAGAAGAACAAAACAAAAAUAACAAAAAGUGUUAAAGACGUGAAUAUCAUUGUAGGUAGAAAGGCUGUAGAAAAGAAUACAAAGAGGUUUUGUGUAUAUUGUAGUCUUUUAACAUGUCUUUGACAUCUGACUCUUUUUAAAGCAUUAGAAACAUGUUAAUAUUACAUUAGUAUAUACACAGUGGGGUCCAAAAUACUGGAAAUUCAAUUAAAAUUGGGAAUAAACAAGGUUUCAGAAUUUUGAAAUAUUUAAAAUGAAGAAAUGUUCCUAAAAUCCCAAAUAUUCAAUAUUCAAGAUUCUGCAUUAUUUCUUGGUCACUAUUUAAAUGUAAGAAAAUUUGUGAUAUUGACCAUGUUAACUGACUUCUACAAAAGGUCAGAUUUUCCUCAUGCCCAAUUGAGCAUGUGUUAAAACAAUGGAUUUGAUCUAAAAUGGAUCAUAAGAUUUUGCACACAUUUGAGGAAUUCAUGCCAGCUCAAGUGCAAAUGAGUCAUUAAAGCAAAAAGGGGACAAAGAUUCUACUUUCCACUCAAGCUGUUGUCAAUAAUAUAAUUUAUAAUGAAAAUUAUUGUGUUAAAUUAAAAAAAGAAUAGAAAAUAGAAGUAUUUUCAGUGGUUUCAGAUGUUUGGACCCCACUGUAUGUCCUAUGAGAGAGAACUGUAUGUGGCAUCUUUAAGGCACAUGCAAGUACAGUGUUGCUUGAGGUUAGAGUAUUUCUUUUCAGGGUUUGAAUUGUGUAGUGGGGAGGCAUGUAAAAAUCUAAACAGUUUAUGAAAGAUUUAACAAAACUCUUAUGCAUAUGAUUUAUUUCUGUUACACAAAGUUAUUGAUGCUAAUUACCUGACAAAAAGAGUGUUAUCAAGAGUGUUUUUGCAGUCUGUUUUCACAUUUGAAUAUCAUUUAAAACUUUGAUAAUGUGGCAUGCCAUAGAUCAAUCAGCUUAUUAUUAAUUUAUAUGGAAUAUUAGUAAUGAUUCAUCUUUAAACCAUUUUGAUGUCCUAAGCCACCACUAUUUCUUAUAUCAGAGUGCAGUGCACAGGAACUAUCAAGUGUCCUUUGGCUGAGUUUUUAUAGAUUUUAUAGAUUUGUUUUUCACUGAUGUAUUGGUUGGUGUCACAUCAUAUCAGAACUGCUAAUGCACCUCCCCCUACAAAUAUGCAAAUAUGUUUGACCUGAAACAUUUUAGUGCCCUAAAGGCCAGUUUUUAAUGUGACAGGCAGACAUUGCAGAAUUUUUCCUCCCAAAUAUGCUGGAUUUUGCAUGUGGUAUUGACUGUUCUGCAUCUGCAUAACAAACUAUGGGAAGUAUAGGUUGUGGUGAUCAUGUUAAUCUUAUCAAAAAUGUAUAUAUCCUGGGUUUGUUAAUUCCUACACAGCUCUAUAACAUUCUUUGUAAAGUAGCCAUGAAAUAUUUCUAUGUGUAACCAACAGCCCCUAGAGGGGUACUAAUUUGGUGAGUGUUAUAAAACAUUGCCAAAUCCAGUCCAAUCUAAAUUCAUCCCAUUCAGUGAUAUUAACAUUCUGCAAAGGUCCUAAGGCAACUUCUUGGAAGUUUGAAUUCCUAUCCAGAGUUGUUUUGAGGCAGACUUAAAUAUUGUAAAGGUGACUAUAUCACAACUACAGAGUCAUUACAGGUCUAUGGUUUGAUCCUGAGCUCAGGUUACACUAGGUGUGAAUGUGUGUGUGUGUGCAUGUGGGUAUAUUCCCAGUGUUGCUGGGAUAGGCUCCAGAUCCAUCACUGGUUUAAAUGGUUUCUGAAGAAGAAUGAAUGACAUUCUGCUUAUUGUACAUUUAGAUGUUAUUUAGGGUUUUUUUGUUUUGUUUUGUUUUUUUGUGAGUUUGAAAACACGAAGUAUACAGCAUAUAAAGCAGUAUGUAUUGGCAAACUGGAUUGUUAAAAUCUAGUAAUAAUACCUCUUUUUUCAGAUUUCUGACUAGAUAAAGCUUUCCUUUAAUUCUAAUUUUUUUUCUUGCAAACCUAAACAUAAUGACUUUUGCCUUUUGCAUGUACAGUAUGACUGCAGCAAUUGUUAAUGAAAAAAUACAACUUAUUUAUUUAACUUUUUUUUUUAACCCAUUUACUCCCAGUUUUAGUCAUUACCAAUUCUUAUCAGCAAGCUAGUUCUUCAAGAUCACAUGAGGGUUACCAAUCAGGGAAGAUUAGGGACAGUACAUGCUUCUUCCAAACCACAUCUUUUCAAACUGCUGCUCAUAAGGCAGCUGAACACACUUGGAGGAAACCAUUGUCAGCUGAAUACAAACCUUUCUGAAAGUACUGGAACAGCAAGGCCAAUUCUAUUGUUUUCAAUAUAAAUUGAAGACAUUUGUUUUUGAGAUCAAAAGAUGAAUAUGAGACGACAGAUCAGCAUUUCAGCUUUCAUUUCCUCAUGUUUACAUCUAGAUAUGUUAAACAUUUAAAACAUGCCACAUUUUGUUUGAACCCACCCAUUUUUUCAAGUGAUCAGAAAUAUUGGAACAUGUGAAUAAUGGGUGUUUCUUGCUGCCCAGGUGUGCCCUGUUAAAUUGAUUGUAUUGAAAUGCAUUCAAAUUAAUCGGUAGGAACUUUAUCAUACAGCAACAAUGAUCCAAAACACACUGACAACUCAACAAAGGACUUUAUCAGAUGGAAAAAGUGGGAGCUUUUAUACAGGCCAAGUCAAUCACUAGACUUUAACCCAAUUGUACAUGCAUUUCACCUCCUAAAGAGGAGAAUGAAGGGAGAAACCCCCUAAAACAAACAGCAGCUGAAAGAGGCUACGGUAAAAGCCUGAAAAAUCAUCACAAAAGAAGAAACCAACAAUUUGGUAAUGUCAUGAGUCACAGACUUGAUGCAGUUAUUGCCAGCAAGAGAUAUGCAACCAAAUAUUAAGUGUUAUGUACUAAUUUACUUCAAUACUUAUCUAUUCGUAUAAUUUUGCUCAUCUAAAAAUUGAGUGGUCUGAUACAAAAGGUUCUAUGUUUAUUGUUUAACACAUCUAGUUUAUUGUUUAACACAUCUCUCCUCUCAUAUCCAUCUGUUGAUCUCAAACCCAAAUUUCUGUGUAUAGCACAAACAAUUGAAUUGGUCUUGCCAUUCCAGUAGUUUCAAAUGGGACUGUACAUAUUUCCACAUUUAUGUUGGCCACUACUGGUUAGUGUCACUGAUUGACAUGGGAGGGUACUACCAUCCUGACUCAUGGCCUCUCUUUGAAUGCUCUACUGUUGUGCCACUUAUUGUUGACUGUAGUUGCUUUUCAUUUCUCCACAUUACAUAAUUAUAAUGCUCAAUUUACGGUUCAGUGAGGCAUGAAUCUGGAGUGGGAAGCUUCAGAUUUGGGUGCAGUUUGCUUCGACAGUUGGUGUAUUGGUACCACGUCAGAAUUGGGCACAGGAAGGUUGUUAUAGGACUUAUGUACGUUAGUUAAUAUGAAUGUUCUCUCAAAGUCCAAGGUCUGUUGUAAAUGGUUGUGGGAACUGGUCAGAAAAUGAUACGCUAUCUAGAAGGUUGUGAGUUGUCAUAUCACAGCAAAUGACGGACUCCAAUUACCAGCAGACACCGCAGCCUACAAACAUGGCUACGGUACUUCAGACUACACUCCAUAGACCACACAAUGCCCCCUCGCUCACAGUCACCCAGCUUCUGAUUGAGCACACCUGGGCUCAAUCUCACUCACACACACACACGCACGCACACACUCGUAGGAUGCUUUAAAACAGACUCUAAGUCAAGGGCAUUUUGCAAAGUAUAUGCUCAGUUGCCUUUUGUCUCUGAUGUUACCAAGCCUUUGUUUAUUAUUGCUUUUCUGGUUUUUUUUUUUUUGAGACACAGUUUCUUUAUUGUUUCCAAUUACUGCUCUGCCUAGUCUAGUCUAUUUGCUGAUCGCCUGACCUUUGCCUGCUUACUGAUUUUGUACUAAUUUAUCGAGUUGGAUUUGGUUUAUUAAUUAAAGCUGCCUUACCUGCAACCGUGUCCGUAUACACCUCCAUUAAAUAACAGAAUACAUUGCCUAAGAAUGUAUGAAGCAGGAGGGCUGGACUUGCGGCAAGCUAUCGCAGCUCACGAGCAGCUUAUGGGAGAGCAGCAUCGACAUUUAGCAGACCUCGACGCCAAGAUAAAUCUUCUGUCCCAAGCCCUCGCUACGACCCCCGUAUCAGCUGCCGCACCCAACCCGCCGAUGCCCGUGCCAGAGAAAUUUGCAGGUCACACUUUGCAGGCAAGGGUUUUCUGCUUCAGUGUUCUCUGUAUUUUGCCAGUUAUGAGAGGAUGUCAGAGCCGUGGAAGAUCGCACACUUCCUGGAGCUGCUUUCCAGCUGAGCGCUGAAGUGGGUGGCUGUGGCUCAGGUGGUAGAGCGAGUUGUCCACUAAUCGUAGGGUUGGCGGUUCGCUUCCCAGCCCACAUGACUCAACAGUCCGUAGUGUCCUUGGGCAAGAUGCUGAACCUCAAGUUGCUCCUGAUGGCAGGUUAGUGCCUUGCAUGGCAGCUCUGCUACCAAUGGUGUGUGAGUGUGUAUGGGUGAUUGAGACACUGUGUAAAGCGCUUUGGAUAAAAGCACUAUAUAAGUGCAGACCAUUUAACAUUUACCAUCUGUAUUGGAGGUCAGGACCUCUUCGCCAGAGGUCAAGGAGACGGGAGAGCAACUGCUAACCAUCGCCCAGGAUUUGCGGUGAGUAGCAGACUACGCUUUCGAGUUUCGCACCAUCACGGCUGAAAGCGGAUGGAACAACACCACACUGAAAGCAGCAUUUUGCUGCGGGUUAAAUACAGUAAUCCUGACAGAGAUAACAUGCAGCGUUGAGCAGCUAACCCUCAACUUGCUCAUAUACCCCUCCAUUCAUCUUGACCACCUGCUCCAUAGCCAAUGUUCACUAUGGUCAGAGAGACUUCCACCAAGCACCAGUGACACUUCAGAGCCCAUGCAGCUGGGAUGCACACAACUCACAGAAGAGGAGAGGGAGAGGCAGCGUAGAGAUUUCCGGGGCUUUUACUACGGUUAGGCUGACCAUCUCAUCAGGCAGUGUUCCCUCUGGACCUGGACCGGAAGCCUCCCACCAUACUCCCAUAUGGUGACUCAAACACAGUUUUCAUCUCACCAAGCUUUUGUUCUACUGGUCAUAAUGGAAUACUCAGGCAAGCUUUCUGUUCUGACAGUCUUAACUGACUCCAAUUCGGCGGGGAAUUUCAUUGAUCAAGACACCAUGAACCACCUCAACAUCUCCAUUCAACAACUGCACCAACCAUGCAAAAUCCAGGCCAUUGACAGAGCUCCUAUCAGGGGAGGAACCAUCGCAUACCACACACAGCCCCUCUCCCUCCAGAUUGGCACCCUCCAAAAAGAAUACAUCAAAUUGUUUUCACAGUAUCUGCCAAACGCCAAAGAUCCAGUAAUCUUGGGCCUCCCAUGGCUGGAACAAGAUAACCCCUUUAUUUCCUGGUCCAACAAGCCACUCACUCGCUGGUCCCCAUACUGCCAUGCCCACGGUCUCAGAAACCCAGUAAUUUCACUUUCUGCCACAUCUUUUGAGAGCCCUAACAACCAUGUUUCUGUCCCUAUAUCUGAGGGAGAUGCUCAGCAAAGAUAAGGCCAGCAGGCUACCACUUCAUUGUACAUAUGAUUGUGCCAUUGAGAUGCUUUGUGGAACCAUCCCCCUGGCAGCCGGAUUUAUCCUCUAUCAAUAGUGGAACAGCAAGCUAUGGAGGAAUACAUUCAGGAGGUUCUUCAACAAGAUUAUGUCAGGCCACCCACAUUUCCCACAUCGGCUGGUUUCUUUUUUGUGGAGAAGAAAGGGGGUGGUCUCAGACCAUGCAUCAAUUACCGAGGUCUCAAUCAAUGUUCAGUCAAGAACAAGUAUGCUCUGCCUUUAGCUCCUGCAGCCCUGGAACAGCUCAGAUCAGCCCAAAUUUUUACCAAGCUAGAUCUUCAAAGUGCUUACAACCUGGUGCAUAUUAGAAAAAGGGGCAAGUGGAAGAUGGCCUUUAGCACCACCUCUGGCCACUAUGACUUCCUUGUGAUGCCAUAUGGGCUCUCUAGUGUUCCCAUGGUGUUCCACUGUUUUAUUAAAGAUGUUUUAAGGGACAUGUUGGGUAAAUACAUCAUAACAUACACAUUGAGGACAUCUUGAUUUAUUCUCCUUCUCUUGAAGAUCAUGUCCUCAUUGUCUACCAGGUCCUGCAAAGACUCUUGCACCACCAGCUAUACAUCAAGGCAAAUAAAUGUGAAUUCCAUCAGCACAUCUGAUUCCUGGGUUAUUUUAUUAGCCCAGAUGGCAUCACCAUGGACCAGUCUAAAGUAGCUGCUGUUGUGGACUGACCCAGACCUCAAACUAUCAAAGACCUGCAGAGAUUUUUGGGCUUUGCCAAUUUCUACUGGCACUUCAUCCAGGGCUUUAGCACCAUAGCACACCCCUUGACAUCCAUGCUUCAUGGAAAUCCUAAACACCUAGUCUGGAACCCUGCAGCCAAAAACACCCUAACUCGGCUCAAAAACAUUCACCACAGCCCCAAUUCUCAAGCACCCUAACCGAUCCAAGCCUUUCAUUGUGGGUAUAGAUGCCUCUGAAAUGGGAGUUGGAGCCAUCCUCUCACAUAGAUUCAGGCACAAACCCAAGCUCCACCAGGUCAUAAGAACCUGGAAUACCACCGCCAAACGAUUGAAUCCUCAGCAAGCUUGUUGGUCCCUAUUUUUCUCCCGUUUCCAGUUUACCCUGUCUUACCGCCCCUAUUUGAAGAACACCAAAGCAGAUGUUUUCUCACUUAUUCACUCAACUCACCCCAAAGAGAGCGAAGGAGUUCAUCCCCCCCCUUCCUGUGCCAUGGGCACCAUAGACUGGGAGCUGGAUCAGACCCUGGCAUGCAUGCCUAGACAAAAAUUUCCUUGUUCAACCACGAACAAACCCAAACUCUACCAACUGGUAAACUCUUCCCUCUGACCACAGGUCAAUGGCCCUGGUCACAUAUAACCAUAGAUUUCCUCACAGACUUACCAGAAUCUCAAGUAACAAAGCCUUUCUAGUUGUGAUUGAUCACUUCUCCAAAUCCCAACGUCUGGUUCCACUUCCCACUAUUCCAUCUGCCUUUACUACAGCAGAAUUUCUCUUUAGUCAUGGAAUCCCAGAGGAGAUUGUCAGUGACCGGAGUCCACAGUUCACUUCCUGGCAUGGGCAAGUUUUAAGGAGAAAGCUCAGGCUACCACCCACAGGUUAACGGCCAAGUAGAGUGAGUGAAUUAGGAGGUAGACCAAUUUCUCCGCACCUUCUAUGCAGCUAAUCCUCAGGAUUAGUCCAGUUCUUACCAUGGGCAGAGUACACCCAAAACUCCCUUCACCACUCUGCCACUUGUCUCACCCCUUUCCAGUGUGUGCUAGGUUAUCAGCCUCCUUUGUUCCCAUGGAAUGGGACCAACGACUGGAACGGGCCGCCCGUAUCUACAAGGAUAAUGGAGACAGACGGCACAGUGAACAUCCCCACUACCAACCAUGUGACCAUGUGUGGCUCAUUACCAAGGACCUGAGACAGCCUCACACUUUCAGCCCCAGGUACAUUGGCCCAUUCAAGAUUCUAAGACAAAUAAAUGAAGUUACAUACAAAUAAAUAAAGUUACCUACAAGUCUCUGUCAUACCACAGCAAACCACAGACUCCAAUUCACAGCAGACACCGUGGCCUUCAAACAUGGCCACUUCAGACAACACUCCCCAGACCGCACACAUGGGUUACGUCUGAAAUGGCGUACUACCCUACUACACAGUAGGUUAAAAUCAGUGCACCAGAGGGGUAGUAUGUCAAAAUUCUCAGUAGGCGAGAAACAGUAGGCAAUAAAUACCUGGAUGGUGUACUGCUUCCAGCGAGAUUUUGCAGUAUGCAACCGAUGGACACUACACUACUCAAAAAUCCCAUAAUACAACAGGACUGGUGCGGACAAGCUCAGAAAAAAAUGCGGAAGACAGCGCAUCAGCACUUUUUAAGUAUUAAACCUUGGUUAAACAGGACUUGUUUAAAAAUAUCCGGAUAAAUUGUUAACUUGGUGAAGGUUUAAACAAGAAAAUAGUUGUCACAGCAUUCAAAACCUUUUUUGUGAUCUCCAUCAUGCUUUAGCCGGCCAAGCUAAUGUCUACGAAUUUACUUCGGCCGGUUAACACUGCCCACAUUAAAUUACUAAUUCAGUUAACUUUCCUGAUGUGCGUUUUGCCGUUAGUGUGGUUGCUUUAAAUUUGGUGGUCCCUUUAAGAUUGUGUUUACGAUAACGUCAAAGGUCACAUGACAAUACCAACAUGGUGGUUGUAGUAUUUUGCAAAGUAUACGCUCAGUUUCCUUUGGUCUCUGUCGUUAACAAGCCUUUGUCUAUUAUUGCUUCUCUGUUUUUUUGACAGUUUGUUUAUUGUUUCUGAUUAUAGCCCUGCCUAGUCUAAUCUGUUUGCUGAUCACCUGGCCUUUGCCUGCUUACUGAUUUUGUACUUGCUUAUCGAUUUGGAUUAUUCAUUAAAGCUGCCUUACCUGCAACUGCUUCCAUGUAUGCCCCCAUUACACGACAUGAGUACAGUUCCCAAGACUAAGCAAGGUUCUUAACUGCUCAGCUAUGUGCUUGGAAUUGAUUCAGCCUUACUUGUAAUUGUUUAGAUUAAAGCCUCUGGCAAAUGAGUAAAUGUAAAUGGUGCAAUGUAUUACACAUUCUGCUAGCAUUAUAUAUGUCUGGGAGAAAAUGUUUUUUGUUGUUGUCUUCCAAACAUAUUUUCACCACUGGCAAUCUUUUUGAUUGUUUGUCUGUCUUAAGACAGCAUUUACACCUUCUUUAACACACUGUACCUCAUUUUAACUUUGUCAUGACCUAGUUAAUUCAAAUUAAUUACAAGAAGACAUUUUUAUUAGAAUUUACUGUGCAUCUGUUAAUGUAAGCAAGCAUGAUUACAUUGUUUUCUCUUUCUCCUUUAAGUGCAUCUCUAUCUCUACAUCACACAUUUCCUACUUUUAAAUUUACAUAUCUAAGCAGCUUGUCUGUCUGUAGGUAGAGAAAUGGCACAAAGGCAGUAAUGGCUGUCCCUGCUUAACCCAGAUUCAACAUUUUCUUGCAAAUGAAAAGUUUGAUUUGAGCACCUGGCAGUGCCAGUCUACAAUGUAGCAAGGAGGCAUUCUAUAUUAUGGGUACAGGAAGUCCUUACAUGGGAUUAAUUUAAAUGGAACACACUGUGUUGACUGUCUUCCUCCACUUUGAAUGGUCUGAUGAACUGGCAUUGGGUGGAAAAAAAAAAAAAAGGCAAAAAGCAAAUUGGGUGCAGAGUUAUAGCACAGAAGCAUGUGUUCCAUAUUUUACAUUUUUUAUGUACUUUUAUGCAAUCUCCAGGUACUUUGUAUAUUCCUUGAUGAAUAAAUCCCUGGGAUUGAUGAAGUUGAUUAUGAUAUGGUCAUGGAUUGAAAACAUAACUAUAAGGGGAAACAGUAUUCUCUUCUGAUUCAGAUAUUCUGAUUAAAGAGGAACAAGAGAAACACAUGCAUGGUCAUUCCAUUAUGAUAAUGAAGACAGCCAAUACACACACAAAUAAGUUUUGAGAUUAAAUUUGCUUUUAACAAUGGAUCCUAAUAUAUAAAUAUCUAUACACUGUGCUUAUUUUUUUUAAUCAGAAUGACCCUUGUCCCAUGUGUCAAACAAAUACAGGCAGGCACACAGAAAUGGGUUCGGAGUUAUUUCACACUCACAAUCUUUGUUUCUGGAUUAUUCCUGUAAUAAAAUAGAACCCAAAAAGUGAACUGCCUCAACUUAUUUAAUUCAUAUACAGUUGAAAUCAAAAUUAUUCAACCCCCAUUGCAAAUCAGGUUUAUUGUCAAAAUGUUUCCAAUGAACAAAUCAAACAAAAGCAGUUGAAAUAGUUAUGAAUGCUUAAAGUGUUUUCACCGAAUUCAACUGAAAAUGCAACUUAUAAUGAUUUCCCCAGUUUCAAAAUUAUUCAACCCCCUGAAUAGAAUCCCUCACAACAGCACAUAUUUGCAAAACAUCUCAAGCACACCUGAAUCAACUAAUCAAGGGCUCCAUUAGUUGCACCAGGUGUGCUUGAGCUGGAACACAUGAAAUACCUGAACUGGUUAGAGGCAAAAAAUUUAAUAAAUACCUGGACAGGGAAGAAAAAGGAAGCCAUCAAUGUCUGCAACCAAAUUUGUGAAAAGGCAGGUUGUGAAAAAACCCUCAAGUGACUGCAAAAGACCUGCAACAAGACUUGGUGGCAAACAGGCACUGAGGUUUCAGUGAGCACAGUAUGGUACAUACUAAACGCAGAAGGUUUCCCUGCCAGAACUCCAAGAUGUACACCACUACUGACCCAAAAGCACAAGAAAUGUCGGCUCAAAAUCAUAUAAAUAAGCCAUAGAAGUUUUGGGGUUCUGUUCUGUGGAGCGAUGAAACAAAACUGGAACUUUUCAGGACGAUGGAUCAGCGGUAUGUCUGGAGGAAGAAGAAUGAAGAAAGAACACUCUGUCCACAGUCAAGCAUGGUGGUGGAUUGGUGAUGGUCUGGGGCUGCUUUGCAUCCUCUGGCACUGGAAACCUGCAGCGUAUGGAAGGCGAGAUUUAUUCAUUGGAGUAUCAGGAAAUCCUAGGAGAAAAUGUCAUGCCUCUGUGAGGAAACUGAAGCUUGGGCCUCAUUGGGCCUUCCAACAGGACAAUGAUCCCAAGCAUACCUCAAAUUCCACCAAGGCUUGGUUGCAGAAGAAGUCCUGGAAGAUUCUACAGGGCCAUCAUAGUCACCUGACUUGAACCCCAUAGAAAAUCUCUGGUGGGAUUUGAAGAAGGCGGUUGCACCACGCAAACCCAAGAAUAUUACUGAACUGGAGGCCAUUGCCCAUAAGGAAUGGGCUAAGAUUCCUCAGGAAUGCUGCCAGAAGCUAUGCAUCUCAUUUGCAGCAGGUCAUAACAGCAAAAGGAGCUCUACUAAGUAUAAAAAUGCUUGCCAUGAAGGGAUUGAAUAAUUUUGAAACUGAAGAAAUCAUUAUAAAGUUGCAUUUUCAGUUUGGGGAAACCACUUAAAGCAUUCGUUGUGUUUAACUAUUUCAAUUGCUUUUGUUUUAUUUGUUUAUUGCAAACAGCUGAAAGUCUGUAAGUUUUGACAAUAAACCUGAUUUGCAAUGAGGGUUGAAUAAUUUUGAUUGCAAUUGUAUAAUUCUUGAUAUACAUGUUAACAAAUCAUGGUACCAGCAAUACAAGUGACUAAUGUGCAUGGAUAAAAAUUUUUAAGGUUGGUGAAUAAAAAUCAUGGGACAAACAAAUGUAUGAGGCAAAUCAAGAUAAGAAUUAUUCAGUAGGCAAUUAGGGAGGAAAACAAGUAAGCCUAUGAAGUCUUUAGGCAAUUUUAUUUGGAUUAAUAGGAAAAUAAUUAAGGGGGCACAGUGGCUUAGUGGUUAGUACGUUCGCCUCACACCACCAGGGUUGAUAGUUCAAUUCCUACUGCUGCCCUGUGUGUGCGCGGAGUUUGCAUGUUCUCCCAGGUGCUUAGAGUACUCCGCUUUCCUAGCCCCAGUCCAAAGACAUGCAUGGUAGGCUGAUUGGCAUGUAUGAAUGGGUGUGUGAAUGUGUAUGUGAUUGUGCCCUGUGAUGGAUUGGCACCCUGUUCAGGGUGUACCCCGCCUUGUGCCCCAUGUCUCCUGGGAUAGGAUCAAGGUUCCCCAUGACCCUGAAGGAUAAGCAGUAUAGAAAAUGGAUGGAUAGAAAAUAAGUACAUGGAACUUUAAAGUAGAAUGGGCUGAGUUAUUUAAUGUUAUUUAAUGUUAUAUGACAGUGCUCUUGAAUUCUCUAUUCUGAUUUGUACAAAGGUGUUGAUUAAUUUUCCAUUACAACAGCUCUGACAGUAGUGCCAUCUAGAGUAUAAAUCACAGGUUUAUAUUAAUACAUUAUAGAAAUAAUAAUGUAUUAGAGUUACAUUCAUAGGGAUCUCAUUCGAAGAGUGGAUACUUUACAUAAUCUAAGGCUAAUAAUAAUUAUAAUAAUUGAAAAGGAAAAUGUAUAAUCAUUGAUAUAGUGAAUUUAUUGAACAUGUAUGGAAGAAGUCUCAAUGUCAAUACUUUGUAACAAUUAGUAAGUUUUGUGAUUGCUGUCAUAGGAAAACAAUCCAUGACUGAGCGGUUUGAUGCAGAUGUCCAGAACCAAAAGUGUUUUAUUCCAUAUUUACUGUAGCCUGUAGCUAAAUUCAUUGCAAAGCCUAAAUGACUGCUUGUUCUGCAAUCUACAUUAAAGUAUACUUUUAAGGCCAAAGUACAAUUAUAAGCCCAAAAUGGUAAACUUCAACUUAAUUUUGUAAUCUUGUAAUUUAUGCACUUUGAUUCGACUUACACUGUUUGUAACUGACUUAUUUAAUAAUCACUUCUCGUACUUACUCAGAUGGGCUUUGUAUCCUUAGAGUGUCAUUAUCACAUCAAAAAACAUUUCUACAAACAAAGGACAAGGGUGUCAAACAUAGAUGUUAAAACACUAUGUGAAUUAUUUACCACUCUACUUUUGUCAAUUAUAUCACAAACAAAUUAUUGACUGUAUGGAUCCUGAUAGCUGGAAUCAUGAUCAGGAUUUAGUAUACAUUGAUGCCCCCCAUGACAACGUCUGUGCUACUCUUGGGCCUGCUGCUAAAACUGUUCUGGACAUACCACUGGAUAGUCAAAUUUUGACAUACACGAUUUUUAGGGAAAGAAUUUUUAAAAGUAUCAAUAAUUUCUAUAGAAAAAGUUUUAAUUAAAGGUGAAGCCAUGCCAGUACAAUUUUGUUCUGGAAAAAAAUGUACAAAGAGAAAUGGGAAUAUGAAUAUUCUCUGUUGAUAUUGCCUCAUUUUUGGUGUGAUGGUGGUGCUGGAUGACAGCCACUCUUAAACUCUACCUGCUGUUGCCUUUGGUUUCUGUACUCAUUUUAAGAGAGUAACAAUAAAUAAAGAGGGCAAACAAACAUAUCAGAGCUUGUUUAGAACUUUACACAAAUUGAUUUAUGUUCUUUGUCUACAGAGGAUUGAUUACAACUGAAUUUUUAUCCGAUAAAGCUUUAAUGUUAUUUGUUUGAUUUAUUUUUAAUUUUCAAUGUAUUUAAUGUACAUAAAUAUUUACUUUAUUUGAAGAAUUUAUGAAGGAAACAGUUAUUUAGACCAAACAACAGAGAAUCUGUCUGUGCGGCUUUUUGAUAUUGUCUAAUUUCCAGAUGGAUCAUAUAAAUACAACAGUUAAGAGGAUUUUUAGAUUUUUUUUCGUUCACAUUUUAAGAGUAGUGUAUAAUUUUACACAUCAUAUACAAUGCUGUCAUUCCUAACAAUGGCAAUCAUUUUAAGUCUUGAUCUAACAAUAUUUAAGCUUUAUUUGCAAAAAUUUGCCUUUUUACAUCUGUGCAGAUUAAACUGAGUUUUUGUUUGAUUUUAAGUUCUACAAGGUGUACCUAAUAAUAUCGUCUCCAUUUCCUAUUAACAACAUAAUUUCAAUAAAAGCAAAAAUGAUCAGUUA